UGGAUGCAUUCGUAGCGAGAUUGUAUGACCUGCAGACUGCAGCGCAGGUGCUUACUCCCCUGGGCGGCAGGGUCCGUUGGUGUUGGCGGGUAACAACCUUGGAAGACCCCAUUUAACCGUCAACAUAAAUUAUCAACCCUUCCCACGCUCCAACGUGUUCAAUUAGUGUCCUUCUUCACUUUCCCCUACCAUGGCCUUUGAUCAAGCCGAGUUUAUCACACUGUUGACGAACUACUACGAGUUUUGCAAUCGAGUGUUCUGGGAUAAUUCGGUCGUCGCGGAAGCGCCCAGCAAUGGCUGGCCAUCGAUCACACAAUCCAUCAUGGCCAAUCUGCACAAGACUGAUGCAGUCAUCGACUUGCUUCGCCGCAUGCCUUUUGUAGACUUUGUUGAGUCAGACAAAGCCUAUGGCAAGCACGUCAUCAUGGUGAACACACGGAUCCAGGAUUACCGCAGCGAAGAGAUACAGAAGCGGAUCCGCGACGGGGAUCUCGAAUACUACGUGGAGCCCAUAUGCGAUCCCUUACCGUCGUCAUGCAUCUCCUUCGGCAACAGCAACGGGCGUAACGGCUACAAUCUCGUGAUCAACACGGCCGAUGGCUACAUCUACUGGGGGGAUCCUAACGGUCAGCACGACGAGCCAGCACCAGAGCUCAACGCCGUGGUGCAAGAGCACUACGCUGGCAACGAAGCCGAGCGUUGGCGGGAGGGUUUCAAUGUUUAUCACCCACGCGAAUUCUUUGCGCUCUGCAAACAGCGGUUCCACGAGCUUCGCUGGAUCGGCCUCCAAACAGAUGUCGUUGAGGCGAUACCAAUGGACUGUGACUUUGAUGACGCGGACGAAGAGUUCAAGAGGCUUGUGCGUAAGAUGAGAAGAGCUGGGUGGCCGGGAGAUGGGGAAGGACGGAACUGGGACCGAGAGGCAUUUCGAGCGGCGCUUGGGGUGUAUAGCGAUGAAGAGGACGAAGAUGCUGUGCGAGAGGCGGCAGAAGCGCUGGACGACACUCACGUUCACUAAGUGAUGGUUGUUAAUAUAGAGAGUUCGAAGGAUUUCGCAAGA